ACGGGAGGUUCUGGAGGUAUUCAACUUUCUCCAUCACGCGAUGGCACGAGAGUUAGUUCCACUUUCUAUUGUUAAAUCUUUCUUUAUUUGACUAAGGCAAGCUUGUUUUGUUCCAUAAUACAUUAAAAUGAAGUUAUAGCCAAUCCUUUAGCCUUUAUGAUGCAUAGCGCGUUCUACCAAAUGAGAUGGAAAGAACAAGAAGAUCCCGGAAGCCGAGCCAAAAGCACUCUAAGCUUACCAAGGAACUUGCGGUUACACCAUCAAAACAAUCCAAACCCGUGGAAGAAGUCGUCUUUUGAGGACGAUUUUAUUCUUAUUACUGAAUUUGCAGAAAAUGAGGGACCUAAAGCAGUUAUGAYGAUUCCAACUAAUGGUGGUGGCUCAUUUGACAAAAAUGCAUUUGCUCUACAUGUGAUGUCAGUGGACUUCCAGUCUCAAAACAAACACUCAGAUUUUACUAUUCAAGAGGAUACACAACUGGUUCUCACUGAAAAGACAUCUGGAACAUGUGCAUUUGUCCAUCAUUUUACUCUCUAUGAUAUUCAUGCAAGAGGUUACGUGAGACCAUUCUGUAUGAGCUACAUUGCUCAUAGUAAAAGGAAGAUAUUGUCUUCCCUGGAUACAAUUAUGAAAGAAUUUGAAAAGAUUGCAAAGCUUUUUCACUUUGGUAACAAAGUGGUGUUCAGUGGUGAUGUAGAGCAAAGACUCAUGGAUCUACUUGUCCUUAAAGAGGAAUUUCAGACUAAGCGCUGUACAAGAAACAGAUCAAAAACAGAUAUUGAAGCAGAAGUAAAACAGAAAGAGCAUUACGACGAGACAUUGAAGGAUACGAAGAAAGUCAUCGAUGCCCUUAAACAUCACAUGAUGAUCCUGAAUAUUCAUUCCCUGAGCAAGAAGGAGCAACGAACUCUCUCAAAAAAGCACGGUCAUUAUCAAGUUUAGAAGAGCCAAAAAUAGGAAACGAAGACAGCGCACAGUUUAAGACUUUUGCUCCAGCCUAUCUGCGAAACUUUCAUCAACUUAGACAUCUACAUGAGCUCUGUGGAUGGGGAGCAAAAGAAGCUAUUACUAGGUUGAGAUACGUGGCGUCGUAUUUCUCACAAGAAGAUAUCGCCAUUGCUGUGGAAAAAACAGAGUCGCAUCUUGUCGAUCCUUCGCCCUCUCUUCUUACGCUAGGAAAAAGUGUGGUUCUUAAUUUCAUGCACGAUGUUGACCUAAGGAAGUGUAUGUCAGCUAAGAAUUGUAGCAAACCUUGUGUCAAUCAACUCUUUAUGGCUGCUCUUCAUCGUCGACCAUCGCUGGCUAGUGCCGCAAGCUGUGGUAGCACGGAUUCAUUCAAAUCCUGUUUAGAAGAUGAUAAUAACAGCUCCGAACGCUCAAGCGAUAGCAUCUUGUCUCGCUUCACUCCCUCUGCGUCAUUUCAUAUAGAGCUACAAAGCGAGGAUUACGAUACGUACGACUCAGACACCACCCCUGAGACCCCCACCAGCGAUAUCUCAACAUUGAGAUUCGACGGUGGUUUCCAUGACGACAUAUCCCUGGGGGAAUUCGAUAUCAUAGAGGAAGAGAAUAUCCUGAAACGACAGCUGAGCGUAAUGGAAAUCAGAAAUGAGACGGAAGCGCGAGUUGGUCCUUGUACCCGUAAAAGUCACAGCCUAGAAAACCUACCGUCAAUGACAAAAACUUCCGCAGAGGGAAAACUAACUGAAAAUGAAUUUAAAAUAAGGCCGCAGAAAGCUGUGAAGCAUUUGUAUAUAGGACGAUCUUCGAUCCAGGCCAGUGAACUACCACCUGGGAUUGGUCUGGUUUCGUCUGCGAAGAUUCCUGUGUCGCUUUCAGAAAAAGGCGAAGACCACGUGACGCGUGGGGAGAAAAAACUGCUAAGCUUAACGAAUGUUUCUAAUAGGAAAUUUAAACACGAACAUGAAAACAGUGGAAAACUAAGUCCCAAAAGAGUUUUACACCACCACAGGUAUGACAAGCUUCCAGUGCGCUGCUUCGCAGAAGAGGUGUGCAGGUCAAGUGAUGGUUCAUCAGUGAUCAGCGGUAUGUUGGAGUUCAGGAAUCAUUACAGUUUCGGAGUUCACUUGAUAUACGCGCUUCUUAGCGGUCGGCCCGUUAUCAUCAUGGCGGAGGCGCAUAACGAAAGAGAGGUACGAUUCUUGGUAUCUGCCCUGUGGAUGUUUGUGCUGGAACAUAACGGCUGUGGCCGCACUGUCAUUCCCUGGCGAAAAAAGCCACUUCAAAUCACAGACCUCCCUUGUCUCAGAUUAGCUGGUCUUUGUAAGUCACGACGAUGCGUCCUACCCAAGUCAGUAAAGCGCUACGUUUCUAUCCUGGAUUUUGAAACUGGAACCAUCAUCAGUCCACCUUACAAGAGGUGGCUCUCAGACUCAGGAGCAUGGUGGAAAAUCGACCAUGGAUGAAAUCGAGGUUCUUACGCGUUUGGGAGUUCAUUUCUCGGAUGGUACGAUUGUACAGUAUUUUGCGGAGGUUAUCAAACAGCAGCAGAUUGACGCUCAUUUCCAUGGCAACGAAGAAUUAAGAGCACAAACUGUUAUUGMUAAUCUUUCAAAGUCUCUACAAUAUAAGAAUGUUGCUCCUCUUGAUCCUUGACGCCAUGCUUUCUACCUCCGGUAGCUAUGUCCUUCAUCUACUUCCUUUAGCCAUGUUCUUCAUCUAUUUCCGGUAGCCAUGUCCUUCAUCUACUUCCGGUAAACAUGUCCUUCAUCUACUUCCGGUAGCCAUGUCAUUCAAAUAACGCGUUUCGUUAAAAAGAAACAGAGUUUACAAGCAUUUAAAUGUGUCGAAAAUUGACAAAGAAUGUAUGCUUAAAGGAAACUAGGAGAAAGGCUUCGGUAACCAUGGUAACUUCCAAAUAAAUGGAGAAAGAAGAAAGACGAAAGAAAAAAAGAUGAACAGCGAAAAAUGAUAAAAGAAAGAUGAAAAGAUGGAAUGAUUGACGGCGUGCAGCACUUUGGAAUGCAUUCUGGARGGCAAGACAUUAGGUUUCCAAUCUCAGGAAAUUGAAAUACUUUUGUUAUGUUCUCCAAAUAUGACCUCCAUUGACGUCGCAKGCAAUAACAUGCAAUAACGGGGUUUGUAGAUUACAUAAAUGGAUGGAUGAGUGAAAARUAUAUGAAUGAAAAGAAAGACAGAAAGUAGAAAAUGCAAAGAAAGGAUGGAAAAGGCGAAGAAACUAAUCAAUUAAAUAGUUUUAAUAAUUUUUAAUAAUCUUAACAACGUUUAAACAAAAUACAAAUAAAUGCAUAAUAAUAGCAAUAGCAGCAACAAGGUUAACAACAACAACAAUAAUAAGAACAACAAAAGCAACAAUUUAAAAAUAGCAAAAAUAACAGUGUUUGUUCAAAGAAAAAUUUUCAAAAACAAAAAUAAUUUUUUCCUCGCAAAUGUCUAGCGAGAGCAUAAAUUAUMAUCGAUUAUUCGGCUGAAAACGCAUUUUUUUGCAUUUUUUUUCCCAAAACGAUUCAUAAUUUUAUUAUCAGAAAGAAAUUCGGAAAUCUCAAAUCAGCCAGAAUGUUGUCAUACAUCGAUGUAAAUAUUGACUUGAAAUUUUAAUAAAAAAUUAUAAUAA